AUCUGGAACCGGAGACCCUCCCGGUGUUUGCAGAACAGCACGGUUCGAACGGAAAAUUGAACGCUCGCUGUCUCCAUCUGUCCGGAGCAAUGUCACGAGUACUUCAUCUCCUGUGGGCUCUGCUGGUCCAUUUAUCAGGUAUCCUGACGGCCCCAGUCCUCAAUCAGACGCCAAUGUCGGGUCCCGUCUCCGCGGGACAGACCGCCCGCUUAGAAUGUCGGAUCCAGAACGGUAACGUUGGAAGUUACUAUAUGAACUGGUACCGACAGCGUCCCGGAGAGAGACCGCAGUGGGUGAUUAGACACGAUCCACAGGGUGAUGAUGACAUAUACCGAGGGACAGGGAUAACAAACCGUUUCCAACCGUCCAGAGACACCUCCAGCAACAGUCACAUCCUGACCAUCGGCAGCUUGGAGCCCCGGGACUCUGCUGUCUAUUACUGUACAGCAUGGGAUAAUGCAUUGAUCUUCGGCCCAGGCACUAUUCUGGAUAUAAAGAGCAGCGAGUCCCGGAGACCUUCAAUUCUCCUUCUCCCUCCCUCUCCGGAGGAGACCGGCACGGGUUCGGCCACUCUCUCCUGUCUGGUGAGUGGUUUUAAGCCGGGCUUGGUAGCGCUGCGCUGGAGCGUGGAUGGAGUCGAGACUGAGAGUGGGGUGACCACAGGCGCCGUGUCGGCAAACACCGACCAGACCUACAGGCUGAGCAGUUACCUGCGAGUAUCCGCCGAUGCCUGGAAAAAGGGUUCAAGCUAUGCCUGCAGCGUGAGCCACAGUUCGCUGAGCUCGCCUUUGCGGAACACCAUCUCUUCGUCGGCUUGUGCGCAGUAAGGCCGCGGCGUCCGGCAGCACAGUCGGUUUGUUAGCUCCUGCAUAAUGCAGUGAAACUCUCACUGGGACUGUGCAGCGACCUUAUGCAAUGUAAUUGUGCAGUAAUGUUUUAAUGGGAACAAUCAACCGUAUAAUAAGUUUGGAAAGUCACGCGAUGAUUGUCUUUCGCGACGCGUACUUCUCUGUAGAAUUGUAACUACUGUGCUGUGUCUGAAAUUCCACUGUGUAUAAAAUGGGUAGAUCUGCGUGUAGAAGGUGACCGUGUUGUGAUUGGAUUUUGUGAUAAACGCAGCUCGUAAUGGAA